AUGAUUUGGGAGGGAAAUUUUUUAUACUUUCUAAUUGUAUACAUAAAUCCAAUAAUUUUUUCAUAUCUAGAAAUAUUACUAAUUACAUUUUUACUACUUUUAGAAUGCUAUAAAGUUAUACUUCUAGUUAAGCUCGAAACUGUAAACAUAUCACGUGUGCUUUUUAAAUCUAAGAUAAAUAUUUGGAAAAAAGUUGAAUGUGGAAUUAUAACAGCAAUAUUAUUUUUACAGAUGUUAGACAUUAAUAUCUUUUCACCUUUUUUCUUCUUUAUUUUAUGCUUUGAAUUAUAUAAGGAAUAUUCAUUUAAUGCUGAUAAUUUUAUAGUAAAUGAUAUACAAUUUAAAAAGAUGGAAACAUUUGCAAAGUUUGUUUUUUACCUUAUGGCUGACUUCUAUUUUACUGUAAAAAUGUUGAUUAAAUCAAAUUAG